GUGUCCUUGUCCCCCGUGGGCAGCCUCGGAGCGUGCAGCCGCGGUUCCUCAGUUCUGAGUGCCACCACUUCCUGGGACUACACCAUUCAGAGCCAUGAAGACCAAGAGCCGGCCUCCCCGGCGCCAGGCCCGGGACACGGAGACCCCCUCUGCGGAGCGGAUGUCCGACGCGCCCCAGGAGGGCACAGGGCCGGAGCUGACUAAGGGGCUCCGGAGCAGGGUCCCCCGGGGGACUGCGGGGGCACGGGCUGAGGGCGGAGGACGCCGCAGGCCAGGCCCCAGCGGCAGUGGCCGGCGGGAGAGCAGCAUCCAGCGGCGCCUGGAAAGCAAUGAGCGCGAGCGGCAGCGCAUGCACAAGCUGAACAACGCCUUCCAGGCGCUGCGCGAGGCCAUCCCGCACGUGCGGGCCGGCAAGAAGCUCUCCAAGAUCGAGACGCUCACGCUGGCCAAGAACUACAUCAAGUCGCUCACCGCCACCAUCCUGACCAUGUCCAGCAGCCGCAUCCCAGGCCUCGAGGGGCCGGGCCCUGCGCCAGGCCCCCGGCUCUACCAACAUUACCAGCAGCAGCAGCAGCAGCAGCAACAGCAGCAAGCGGCCAGCGGCCAGCCCGGUGCUCCAGAGGCCCAGCCGCAGGGUCACCUGCACAGGUACUCCACGCAGAUCCACAGCUUUCGGGAGGGCACCUAGACUGGUGACUGGCUGGCUGGCUGGCCAGCCGGUCCUCCCCAGCCCUGUCCUCUGUCCUCCCGUCCUACCAGCCCCACACUAC